UAAUAUUUUUAUAAAUUUUUAAUCAAAAUAAAAUAAUUUUAAAAUUAAUAAUUUUUAAUCAAAAUAAAAUAAUUUUAAAUUAAUAAUUUUAAAUUACAUUUUACUAUUUUAAUGAAAAUGCAUUGUCAAAGUGUGCUAAAAAAUUUAAGACAAUUGUCCAGCGUGGGAGUGAGAAAUAAUUCAUUGAUAACUAAAGCGAAAAUAAUUAAUAAUGAGGUAAUAAGUGACAAAAGCCGGAUGAUUCGAUCUUUUGAGGAAAUACCAGGACCGAAACCUUUGCCUCUUAUUGGAAAUAUUCAUAGAUUCUUUCCAUACGUUGGUGAAUUUCAUAAUGUUCCACUCGUCGAGCAAAUGAUUUACCUUAACGAAAACUAUGGCGAUGUGGUUAAACUCGAAGGUUUACUUUUUCGAAAACCAAUGGUUAUUUUAUUUAAACCCGAAUAUUGUGAGAGAAUGUACCGUUUGGAAACUCGACAACCAAGAAGAGAAUCAAUGGAAGCUUUGCAUUACUAUCGACAAGCUAACAAACACAUUUUUCAAAAACCCGGUUUAGCUACGAGUCAAGGCGAUGAGUGGUACGAUUUUCGUUCAAAAGUUAAUCAAGCCAUGAUGCAACCACGAACAAUUAAGCCACAUGUGUCUCAAAUCGACCAAGUUUCUAAUGAUUUCAUUAAAAGGAUAAGACAACUCAGAGAUUCUAAAACGUUAGAGCUUCCUGCGACUUUCAACAAUGAAAUGAAUAAAUGGGCCCUGGAAUCAAUUUGUGCCAUUGCGUUGGACCAUCGAAUGGGAAGUUUGGAAAGUAAUUUAGAUCCACAGUCCGAACCGCAACAAAUGAUCAAUGCGGUUCACGAUAUGUUUGAUCUCAUGUAUGAAUUGGAAGUACUACCAUCACCAUGGAAAUUCUACACAACAAAGAAGCUUAAACAAUUUUUCAAAGUUUUAGACGUACUAUAUGGAACAUCUGCUAAAUAUAUCAACAAAGCGAAAGAAAGAUUAAAUCAAAAUCAAAAUGACGAAAGUAUGCUGCAACGACUGCUGAAAAUUGAUGAACAAACGGCUAAAGUUAUGGCAAUGGAUAUGCUUGUUGCUGGAAUUGACACGACAUCAAAUUCAGCAGGAUGGACGCUUUAUUUUAUUUCGAGAUAUCCUGAGGUGCAAAAGAAAUUGCAAGCUGAGAUAGAUUCGGUAUUGACAAAAAAGGAUUCUCCAGUUACAUAUGACUCGUUAAAUCAGGUGCCAUACCUUAAGGCUUGUAUCAAAGAAAGUUUACGACUUUCACCAGUUGCAUUUGGCAAUAUGAGAACUAUGGUGAAUGAUGUGGUAAUUGGGGGUUAUAAAAUACCAAAGGAUGUACACGUUGUUGGUGCCCACUCAAUUAUAUCACGAAAGUCAGAAUAUUUUCCACAAGAAGAAGAAUUUAUACCUGAACGAUGGUUGAGAAGCAAUACUGGACCACUUUCAUCCUCAAAUGCACAUCCAUUUGCAUACAUGCCCUUUGGCUUUGGACCUCGAACCUGCAUUGGGAGACGUUUUGCCGAACUUGAAAUGACAACUCUCGUAAUGAAGAUGGUUCGCAAUUUUCAAAUGGACUGGAAUCAUGAACCAAUGUCGAUAAGAAGUCGUUUUAUAAACACAUUGGGAUCUCCACUUCAAUUAAACGUGAAGGAUCGAGAUGAUUCCUUACUAGCAUAAUUAGCCGUAAAUUUUUUAAGAAAUUAAUUUUUAAAAACAAAAAUAUUUCCCGACUGCUUUACAAUGCACAAGUUGUAAAAAUUAAUCACACAAAAUUGACUGAUAAUAUUUCUCUCUGAACAAAAAACAAGUUUCGUCCAGACAGCAAACAUAGAGUAAUUAGACAAAGAUUAAAGUUUACAAUCAGCUCAAAAUGUAAAUAAUUGAAAUAUAAAAUUCAGAUAAUAAGAACAAAGUUCGCAAUGUUCGAAAAACGAGAAAUAUAAAAAAAAAAGAUUUUCCACAAAAAGAAUACAAUAAUGAAAAAUUUUUCCUUUCUCAAUACAGCAAUUUCAGUCUCUCAUUAAUAAUUAUUGGAUUGUUAAAAUCAGUGUGAAUAUUGUGAAUAUUUAAUGUUAAAUACAUAUAUUCAGAGGAUUGCUUUUAGUCUUGAUUUACAAUGGAAUUAUUAAACAAUUAUAAUUGGAAUUUCAAUCGGAUAUUCUAUAGAAUUUUACAAAAUAACUAAUUAUUUUAAUUAGGUUAAAGUUUUAUAUAGACAAAAAUCAUCAGCAUUUUUAUUAAUAUUUAAAAACUGAAUAUAUACUGUUUUCGUAUAAAUAACGACCAUGUAAAUUAUCUCUCAAUGUUUAAAGCAAUCAAUUAUAAAUUAAUUUAUUACUAAUUGUAUAUUUCGUUUCAAUAAAUAUGUAUAAUUCGAAA